UUUUUUCAUUGUAUGGUCAAAUCUAAUAGUAUAUGGAUGGUAGAAUUCAAAAAGAAAAUCAUGUCUACUUUUUUAUCUAACACUUUAUAUCACUUUAUCAUUGUUUUGUCAAAUCUUGAAAACACUUUGUCAUUUUAUUUUCAAGUUUUGUCAUAAUGAAUUGAGAAACGUAAGAAUCUUUGAAUAACUUUAUUAUUGUAUUGUCUAAUCAUCUCAUAAGAGAUUGAGUAAUAUGGGAGCCUUUAUUAACAUCUAUAAAUAACAUCAUGGUGUUAUAUUUUCAUUCACCUCAUUAAACCAUUCUAUAAUUUUCUAUCUCUACUACAUUUAUUCUUACUUUACUUACAAAAAUGCCUCUACGUUCUACUGGAUAUACACAAGAAGAAGAUAGGCUUUUGUGUCAAAUUUAUAUGGAAAUUUCUCAAGAUCCAAUUAAGGGUGUCUAUCAGUCAUCCGAUCGGCUUUGGUCCCGUGUGCUAGAAGCUUAUGAGAAGGAGAAAAAUCCAACGUGGAGUGAACGGUCAACAAAAUCUAUCCAAUGCCGAAUUCAAACUAUCGAAAAAGUAACAAAAAAAUUACAUGCAUGCAUCAAACAAUGUGAGAAUAGACGUCCAAGUGGUGCUUCAAGUGACGAUAUUUUUAAUCAAGCCAAAGUGAUGCUAAUGGAAGAUCAAAGAUAUAAAGGAGGUUGGAAAUUUGAUCAUGUGUGGAACAUUAUUAAGAAUUUUGAAAAGUUUAAAGAUGGUGACACUUCUUCUAGAAAAAUAUCAAACCCACUUAAUUUCGGGUAUAUAUCUUCAGAGUCAGAAAAUCCUACUCCUGAUUCCGCUACACAAGCAUCUCCAUGUUUGUCUUCAUUUUCUUUGAACUUAGAUGGUGAUGAUGACAACAUUGGCGGAUCUCCAUCUCAACGUCCAAUGGGAGUAAAAAAAUCCAAACUGAAAAGAAAAAUUGAUGAUCAAACAUCAAUUAUUAUCAACACUUUGGAAGAAGGAAAUAAACAACUUUUGGAGCAGCUAAAGAAGACAAGUGCUCAAAGACAACAUCAUUUGGAGAUUCAAAGUAAGAAUUAUGCUUUGAAAGAACUAAAGGCAGACAACAAAAUGUUACUUCAAGACUUGAAUUCCAUAGAAGAUCCAGAGAUUCGUGCAUAUGUUCAAGCUGAAAAAGCUCGCAUUUUACAAAAAAGAAAUGAAGAAAAACAGAAUCAACAAGCUCCAUCUGGAUCAACCUCAUUUGGGCAAUAUUUUAAUUAUCUUAGUAGAUCCGGAAACGAAUUACCAGAUUAUUAAGUUUUUAAUAU